GAUUAUGUGGCUGUGGCAGUGUUUCUUAUUGUGUUUUUAUGUAUGUUAAAGUGUUUCAAAGCCUGGUGCUGACUGGAGCCACUGGAACAGUAAAUCCACCUGACCACCAGGUAAAAGCAACAACUUCACACACCAAUCUGGGCAUUUUUUCUGCCCAGUUUCACAGAAUUUGUGUCAAGAGUUGUUCACCCAAUGAAUUAUUAACAAACGAUGCCAUUCUCGCUGUAGCUGCCUAAAUCUGCCUCAACAGCUCCAUUCCUCACAAGCCUCCAAAAUCCAGAUCAGUGGGACAUAAAUGGGUCACUCUAAGCAAUAUUUUACCGUAUCUCUCCACAGGCUCCUCAUGAAAACGUUAGUCAUCGCAUUUACAUAAAAUUCUUUUAAAGUAAUGCGCACCAUCUGUUAUGUAAUUUUAAGCCAGAAUAAGCAUAUUUCCAGAAACUCUCUUCCAUAAAUAUCCUUCCAUAUGUGCUGCAUAAAAUACUCUGAGGGAAAUCUCUGCUUGUAGAGGAUCAGAUACAUCAGACUGGAGAACACUGAAUGAUUUAAACAAUCUGUGAGGACUGGAAGGACUGUUUGCAUGCUGAGAUUUUAUAGAGGGCAAUGGAUGGCCGUUUAAAUGAAAUAAUUCAGGUUUGUGUCAUAGUUAUCGGGGACCACUGUGUCACAGAUGCACGAGCGACUUCACCAUGUAAUUCACACAAUGUACGAGAAGGAUUUCAUGCUGUGAACUAAAUUUAGCCGAGGCAGCAGCCCUCCCACACAAUGUGACGGCCUCGCUGACGGACAAACAUUUCACAAGCAGCACUCGACACUACAAUGGUCUGUCAAGCUAUUUAAAGAAUAAAUCCGGUCAUUCUGCUCUAUUUUUGUGUUUUUGUUGUCACCAAAUCUCCAGAAAAAAAACCCCAGCAUGUUCAUCUUGCAAAAUUUUCUGAUUCCUCUACCCUGCAUGUAGCAGCCCAGAGCUCAAAGAAAGAAGAUCAAACUAAUGAAAAAUGUGUUAAUAAUGUUUAAUUUUAAAAAGAAAGCACUUAUAUAUUUAGCACCUAUUUACUUUAGCAGUUUGCAAAGCAUUUUUUAUUUUAUUUUUUUAUGCCUUUCACUCACCUAUUCAGGUUCAUGUUUCUAUACAGUUAAAAGGUGUAGUUGUGGAUUUAAAUGUAUUGAAAUGCAUCUGCCCUGACUCCUUCUCAACUCUUUAAAUUAUACACUACAGUUCAAAAGUUUAGGGUCACCCAGGCAAUUUCAUAUUUUCCAUGAAAACUUGCACUUUUAUUCAUGUGCUAACAUACACCCAACAAAAAUAUAAACACUCUUGUUUUUGCUCCCAUUUUUUAUGAGAUGAACUCAAAGAUCUAAAACUUUUUCCACAUACACAAUAUCAGCAUUUCUCUCAAAUAUUGUUCACAGAUCUGUCUAAAUCUGUGAUAGUGAGCACUUCUCCUUUGCUGAGAUAAUCCAUCCCACCUCACAGGUGUGCCAUAUCAAGAUGCUGAUUAGACACCAUGAUUAGUGCACAGGUGUGCCUCAGACUGCCUUAGAGUGAUGAUGACAUCAUGCAUGCUGUUGAGGAGUAUCUUGAGGCUCAAGAUGUGACUCAGUAUUGAAGCUUGAUCAUCAGUGGACCACUGAAGAUAAAGAAACCAUACUACACAAACAAUCUUUAUCCUUGAUGGUUUAUGAUGAGGCGGAGAACUUUUUGAAAUGCUCUUGUAAAUAAGAUAAAAUUGUAUAUGAAUAAGAGCAAAAACAAAUACAACAACAGAAAUAAAUGCAAAAUCCAACAAAUAUCUGAUAAAUCACUUUAAAUUUUGUAAAUAUAUAUAGUUUUGACUAUUUUGUUCAGUAAUCUAAUUACCUGAAAGUAAAAACAGCUUUUAAUGUAGCUGGACUGAGCUUUGACUUUGCUUUGGGUGGCUGUAAAGGCCAUGACACUGUGGCAGAGGUGUUUCUAUGAUUCAUGAUAUUUCUAUCCCCGUCACUUGUUUGUGGCCUUGUUCCUAGCUACAGUUGGAUGAUGACUAAGCAAGUCCCUCUUCUGUCAUUGAUUUCACCAAAUUUACAUGCUUUUUCCAUUUAAUUAAUCCCUUCUUACCUUAAAAUGGCCUAGAUGCAACUCUGCACUAGCCUAGCCGCGCUAGACCCAUGUUCUGAAUUCUGAAGGCACAAGGGUCUAGGGCCGCUCGACAGGGAGGGAGGCGGGCUAAAAGGUUGUCUAUCAAAUCACUCUGCAGCAAUUGGGUAGGUAUACAACCAAUCAGCGCAACGAAUAGGCUGACGGAGUUCCUCGAGCACCGGCGGAUUGUGGCUAAGUCCCAUUAGCUUCCCAACCAGCGGAGCCAACUGGUAUAUUAAGGAUUUGCCAUAUCCUGUCGGCAUAAGUCCAAAUACGUCUUUCUUCUCAAUGAAACACUUCAGUGCCGUCCUUAGUUUAUCUUUCAAUUUGAAUUUUAGCUUCAAAUCUUUAAGGGCUGUGGCCAAAGCCGAGUUGAAAGAUAACUGUUUAUUGUGCGCCGGUUGUUUCUGUCAGAAUCGUCACGCCUCUGUCGUCACUUAGUUACGCCCGCCUUCUGACUCUACACUUCAUGGUGAUUGGUCCGGCCAGUUUUAGGAGAAUCCAGCCUCGAGCCUUAUGGAGGGUAACUAGACCCACCCUGGCAGAGAAUUAAAUUCGUUGCCGUGGGUUGUCUAGCGCGGCUAGGCUAGCUCUGCACUAUUGUUUCCUCUGAUUACUUUUAAGGCCUCUUAUGACAUCUCUCUCUCAGCUGUCUAACUUUUUAGUCCUGAUCCUCAUGUAGAUGUCUUUUGACCGUUCCAGGGUCCUGGUUAAAAGCUAAAUUGUUUACAAUCAAUGCUCUGGAAUGAUCUGACCAAGGAAAUCAGGUCAGCUGAGUCAGUGACAUCCUUGAAGUCUCUUCUUAAAACCGUAAAUUUCCUUUGAAUUAUCUGUAUCUGUUUUUAAAAAUCUGAUGAUUUUAUGACUGUUUUGUUGCUGAUGUUUUGUUGAAUUGUGAAGCACUUGGUGAUGCAGACUUUUAAAAGUGCCCAUGAAAUAAUGAUCAUUAAUAUAUAUUAUUAUAGGAUUUUUUUUCCCUCUUCUUUCGCUCUACCUUUUUUGUGUCCCUGUUAACUAUUAGCAACAAAACAUUUGAUUGUCUGCUGCUCAACAUCUGCACCUGAAUGACAUAUCACUAUUUUGGACUUUUCUGUGUUCGUUAAAUUUCUCUAUGAGGAAAAAAAGCUGCUGAAUAAUUAUACACCGCUUAACAUAAAGUGCUAAUAACGCACAUAUCAAAUGAAAAUGUUCCUAGAAGUAAUGAUGGGAUCAAAAUACUCACUUGUUUGAUAAUUGUGCACACUGUGUACUUAUUUCUAUUGAAGUAUCCUGUUUUAUAAAAAGAUUGUGUGCUUUAUUUUAUAAUUUUGGAGCCGCACAGAGAAAAAGGACUCCAUUGUGAUUGUCCCGAGACUGCGUGCUGCUAAUCACACACACCUUUGCUGUGCCAUGUGCUGUGUUGCAGAAAGAAGACUGGUGAUUGUGUAAUAAACGUCCCAUAAUCCACCUGAUUGGCAGCUGUGGUGUGUCGAAGUGUCAGUGAUUUGGAGCAACGUUCACCCACAGCCACGACCUGUCACACAUAUAAAAAAAUCAUUUUCUCCUGGCAGCAUGAGCAUUUUCAUGGCUUUGGGGAAUAAAUGUGACUUUUGAAGAUCAUUCACACUGAACUGAAUAGUUCUUUAUUUAUUAUCUAGGUAGAUUCCUGACACACAUGCUGACUGGUUAUUUUUCUCAUAUAAUGUGACAUAAUACAAAAUUACAUGAACUAAUUUAUGAAGACGCUGCUGUGAAAGUGCUGUUUCUUUGCAGUCAAAAAAAACAUGGAUAUGCAGCUUAUGUGUCACUAUUAAGCCUGCUAAAUCUGCCUGCAUUGAUACAACAUCAUGAACAGAGCAUUGUUGCCAUGUCGCGUAACAAUUUUAAAGGUCUUCUUCAGUAAAGACAGGUAUUUUAGUUGCUUUAAAUCCUACAAAAGGACAACAUCUUCCCUUUGUCAGCUGUGAGGAAAUGUUCUGUUUUUCCGGAGGGCUUUGUGAAACCAGUCUUAUGACUUUCCAACUGUAAUGGUGCACACUGAGAGACGGCUGUUUUCUGAUGACUUCCGGGCAUGUGCUGAGGCUUUGGCCUAUAAACAGCCAAAUAUCAACAACAGUGCAGCUGAUUUGUGCUUCAUUUGCUACCACAGCAGAAACAGACGUCUUUGUUGGUCAGAAGCUUCAAGUGUGAGGCUUCCAGAUUACUUUUAGAGACGUUAGCCGUCUGUCUUGCGUUUAGUGAGGCUGCUGGUUGUUGUGUUGCAGGUCAUUCGGUCUCUCAGCAUUGAUCUUCAGGUUGCGCCGUUCAGAUUUUCAACACUCGACAUGAGUAAAUUUCACGGCGAGCUGACGCAGAGGGAGCAGGAGUUGCUUAAAAUUCGUCGGGACAGCGACACUAAAGCUGCUCAGCUGGUGAAGAUGGAAAAGAUGCUGCAGCAGACAAAGAACCUGCUGGACAAGAAGACAGAGUCUAGUUCAGAGAGUAUGGGCUACCAGGACAACAUGGUGGAGGACCUGGAGGAAAAGGUUCGCUCCAGCAGACGAUACAGGAGAAACUCGCUUCAUCACACGCAGAUGCUGGAGAGUCAGAUGAAAACGGUGAAGGGCGAGCUGGUGGGGACGCUGGACCACCUGCAGGAGCUGAGGAACGUCCUGCGGCGUUCACAGCAGAAGGCAGAGGAACGCAAAGCAGCGAUGGAGAAGCUGGCAGCUGGGCUCAGGUGAACAAGCUUUUCAUGCAGAACCAGCUGCUGACCUUUUCCAGCUCCAGCACAUGUGACGUCCAACAUCCUGCCAACAAGGCUAAGCAGAUAGUACAUCUAAGAAGACCUAAACACAAACAGUGGUGAGAAGAAACCAUGCUUUCGUUGUUCUCCUUCAUCAGUGAGGCCUUGAUUUCUUGAUAUUUGGAUGCUAUUGAUGGUUACAAUUAGCUUCUUCUUCUCUUUCUUCCUCAUUCAUGCUUUAAUCUCUAAAGGCCUCAUGCUAAUGCACUGAAUUUGACAUCCACCUGCUUCUGUGUGUCUUCUGGAAAUAAUCCAAAGAUGAUUAUAAAUUUCUAUUGAUUAGAUGGGACCAACAGUUUGAACUUAUGUUAAAUGAUACGUUGAAUUUUACUUUUACUAUCUCGUGUCUGAAAAAUGGAGCUUAGCCUUAUAUUUUCUCGGAAGCAAUAUAUCUGAAAACCCACUUCCCAUAAAUGGUUCCUCUAGGUUGUUGUUGACUUCCUCAUAUUUGUAUAUGUCUAUAAAUCUCUAUGAUGUUAACUUUAUUUGGACAUUUUCCAUUAGCAGCCUCUUGGAUCAGCCUUUUCUUGCCCAUAAAUGAUAUCUUCUAUAAUACAGAGUUGUAUGUUCAUCCAUUACUUGUGUUGCUAUUAAAUUCCUACAAGCUGA